AAUUCUACAAGUGGUUCUAAUUUACUAUGGCUGUAUUCUAGCUGGUCUAAAACCGCUUUUGACCUAAAGGGACGCUUUUUGGAUACCAUGGACAUUUCUCAGUUUCCAGGCAGAAAGAACGGUAAAAAUGCAGGCAGGGCACAGGACAAAGCACUAGGGACAAAAUGUAUGUGAAAUGCUUUGAUACAUGUAUUUAGUAAAUGUCACUUUUUCACAUUUUUAAAUUUCCUGCUGUUCCGUCCCCGUACAUCCUGACGUUGCAGGGAACGGAACCCAGAAGACAGAUGCCGGCAUCGGCCGGAAGACAUUGCCAGGGACACUGCAGGAGGGACAU